UCGGCGUGUGCGUGCUCGUUCUCGGCUACGCCUUGCUCGGCGCGUUCGCCUUCAUGGUCCUCGAGGGAGGUGUUAAAUCGGAUUCCGAAGUCGCGUCCUCGAAACCCGACGCAGGUGUGCACAUUCUACCAAAUCUGGAGAACGAUUCCGCUACAAUGGAGCUAAGAGCGCGCACCGUCGAGAAGCUCUGGAGCAUCACCGAGGAUCUGAACGUUCUCUACAAGGAGAACUGGACUCGCUUGGCGGCCCGUGAGGUUCUCGAGUUCCAGGAAAAUUUAGCCCGCGGUCUCAGGCGCACCUCGUCGGCUUACGAACCGUCAUUGCGAUCCCGAGAUCAUCACGCGGACAGACGCUUGCACAAUCGACGAUGGACGUUCAGCGGUAGCCUUCUGUACUCUCUGACGCUUAUCACAACCAUAGGAUACGGUAGCGUAGCGCCGCGCACGGUCUGGGGCCGACUGAUUACAAUAGUUUACGCCCUAGUUGGAAUCCCGCUGAUGCUGGUCUACCUCAGCACGGUGGGCGACGUGCUCGCGCGUAGCUUCCGUCGUCUGUACGGACGCGUAUGUCGACGGCCGCGUAACUGCGCCCGGAAGCAACAACCGCCGCCGCCGCCGCCGCCAGUCGGCGGUAUAAUGGGCAAGGCGUAUCGUUACGACAACCACGUGGAGACCAAAACGGGUAACUACUACUCGGCGAGCAGAGAGAGUUCCUGCGACGACCUCGGCAUUCGCGGCGCCGGCAGCGCUAUUCUUCUUGACUGCGGCAGCGAGGGUCUUCUGCACGCUACCACCAGCUCGACAGCCGCUCUUCAGGAUGUAACAACGGGCAACGGCAAACGGCACUUCCACCCGUGCUCGCUGUCCUUAUCGGCAACCUCGUCGCCGGCGUACAUGCUGGAAACCAAUCCGGUUAGGAUACCGAUCAGCCUGUGUCUGGCGAUAAUGCUGGUGUACAUAUGCGGCGGUGCGGUCAUGUUCAAUCGUCUGGAGGGUUGGAGUUUGCUGGAAGGCGGCUACUUCUGCUUCACCAGCCUGGGCACGAUUGGUUUCGGCGACCUGAUGCCAGUCGGACGAAACGCGCCCUCGGCUACUUUGGAGGAGCUAAGCCUGUGUGCCUGCUCGCUGUACAUUCUCGCCGGGAUGGGCCUGAUCGCCAUGUGCUUCAACCUCGUCCAGGAGGAGGUGGUACGCGUGGUCAGGGUCUUCGGUAGAACCUGCGGCAUGUCGUCGGGCGUGGUGGUCGGACCUAUCGGUAGUACAGGUAUCCCUGAUGAAGGCAUUCGGUGGGAAAAUCAGUAAUGGAGAAUCUUCCAUGAAAAAAAAAAGUAAAUGAAAGGAAGAACGUUGUGACAUGUUGAUUAUUUUGUCGACCAUCGCGCAUUAUUUGCGUUCAGGGAAACUGAAAAAAAAACUAUUUUAUAAAUAAAUAAUCAUCUCUACUUUGAUUAAUUUGCCAAAAACUGCCGUCAUUAUCGAUGACAACCGCGAAGAAACCGAGAAUUUUUGAAAGCUUUUACGGAAGGAACAGCAAUUAUGCAAUAUUUGUUUCCUCUUCCUCUUUGCAGCAGGCCCCACUUCUGGUCUCAAGGCCGAUCUCGACGACGGCGGCGGCACCAGCGAUUCACGACUGUCCGAACAGGAGGAGGAGGCGA